AUGGUGGAAGUGGAUGGUCUAUCUCAAUCCAACGAUUUGGCUUUGACUUCUACAGCGCCUCUUUGGCAAAACCUGAUCAAGGCAUCUCCUCUUGUGGCCUUGGUUACGUUUGGAAUUCCAUUGGCCUGCCUCUCCUGUUUGGUGUAUUGCAUAUGUUGCAGUCCUUUUGACGCUCUGGACGAUGCCGAAUAUGACUCAGCCGCGGCUAGCGAAGCUAGACGAGCACGCCUGCUAGACCGCAAAUUCUUGGAAGCUCAACUCACAUCCGCAACUUACGAAGACACUAUCAGAGCCAGAUCCAUCUACAGCAGCGAGAGCAAGCGCCUAAAUUUGAAAGGCCGACAUGGUGCAACCACCGCUCUUCAAGAUGGUAGGCGUUGGUUGUGA